AUGGCAGAUACUGACAUUUUCCUGGGCCUGGCACAGGCUGAGGUCAACAAGGCAGUGGCAUGGCUGGAAGACGCGCGCCACAUGCCAGCGUCCAGUGGCUUUUCGCCAACGCAAUGGCUGUGGCAUUGGCUUUCCUCUACGCCAGCCUUUGCGCCUGUCACAGAAGCUGCGGAAAAGAUGGACGCUGUCUUUGGCUUUAGCUCUGGCGAUUGGGCUUUUCAUUGGAUUGAAGAGAUGGGAAAGGCUACCCUGAACCCAGCUUCAGCAUCUUCCCAGGCCGCGCCAACGCAGACUGCUUUGGAUAGCAAGUGGCCGCACUUUCCUAAUGGCCACCGCUCCCUGGGAUUGGCACCUGCAGACCUUCUUCGUGCACAUACGUGGUUGGAGGAGGCAGCUUCUUUCAAUGGUGCCAGCGGCUGGGAGGAAGACGAUUGGCUUCGUUAUUGGAUGGAGCAGGAUCCGGUCUUUGAGACUUUGCUUCAGCGCGCUAAGGAGGCCAACCAUGGCUGGAAUAUCAGUCAAUGGCUUUGGCUUUGGGUGUCGCAAGCUGACAGACCUCAGCCGCCGCCGGCGCCUCCUUUGGACACCGCGCCGCCUUUGGCUACCGGAAUCGGGCCGGACGCUUUCCCGCUCAGCCAGCACAAUGAGACGAUUAUCGUCCGGCAGAUUUACUGCCGUUCCACCUGUCAGGACUGCGGGGCUGGCCAUUGCGGGGUCGUGCUUACACGCGAAGACUUGCCUCAUCGGCACCGCUGUCUGGCUGUGGAGCUCCACACAUUCUUCCAGGCGCACCUCUCAGAGGGUUUCGUCCUUUCCUUGGACCAGCUUUAUGGCUUUGCACUGACGUUGCGGCUUUCUUUGUGCGUCAAGCGCUUUUAUCUGCUUUCUUCUGCGUUUCCUCUUUCCGUUUGGCCGACACAGGUUCCAUGGCUGACCCAGGGAGCGACAAUGGGCGAGGCCUUCUCGCGCAGCCGACUCCCUCAGACAAGCUCUCAGUUCUUUGGGGAAUCUUUGAACCUGGAUUUCCCAGAAGAAGUUGCUUCCCAUUCGGAGCUGAACCGCACCAUCCGCAAUUUUGGUUUCUUGGCUACCUCCUUUGAUCAGUUGGAUCAAUGGUUGGAGUCACACGGUCUCCUGGACUUUGGCUCCGGGACGCAUGCAGACCUGCGGUGUCUUUGGCACAGGUCUCAUGCCUUGGCUUGCUCUGAGGGACAAACAGCAGCUGUGCCCUUUCCGCCGCAAUCCCCUGCUUUGCCCUUGCCGCAGGACCAGUCCUUCAGCUCGGCUUCAGACCCCAGCCGCACCGUGUCUGCUGCCGCAUCAUGGAAUGAGCCUUUCCCAGCUAAGCUCUCCUCAGACAAAACGGCCGAGCUUCGAGCCGCUUUUCUGCGGAAAUACCCUAGCGAGGUGUUGGACGACUCCACCAUGCCUUCGGCUCGUCUCCUUGCUUUGGCUUUCAAACAAGCCUCGUCACAGGAGUGGCGCUUCAUCCCUUGGCGUUGGCGCAUGUCAGUGCUUGAGCUUGAAGAGCAGCAGUUGCAGCGCCCCCGCAAGCUGGCCAGGACCGAGUUGGCAGACCUCAUCUUGGAUGAUAUCCCUUCUCGGAACCUCCCGGACACACUGGGCAUGUUUGCUUUGAGCAAGAUUUUGCACUUGCAUAGUGUGGCGAUGGCCAUGGUCACUGACGUGCAUUUGGUGACGCUUAAGAAGUACGAGUCCACUUUCCUCCGCUUUGCUUCGGCCCGCUUUGACACUAGCAGUGGCCUUCGCCCACCCAAUGCAUUGGAGUGUGAGCAAGCAGACCGUCGCUUCUGGGAGGCCGUGUCUGAACUCCGUUUGCAAGGUUGGUCUCUGGACGACUGCAUCCAUGAGAACACAGCCGUCCGCAGCGAGCUGGCUUCUCUUUUGGCACCGCGCGUUUUCCUGCCCAAGGCCAUGCUCCUUGGAGGAAAGGGCAAUAGCUCCGGUGCUGGCUUUGGCAACGGACGGGGGCGCGGCAAAGGCAAGGGGGACGGACGAGGGGGACCGGACCCGUCUUUCGAGCAGGCAGCUGGGUCCGGUCUGCCUUUGUCCGUGCCUGCCAUUUUGCCUUUGUCCCCCCAGAUCUCUCCAACUCCGUCAAUUGCUGCUCCGGCAAAGCAGGCACCCGAGCCUAUGCUUUCCAUUUUUCCUCACGCGGGGGAGUUGGCUCUGUCCGUUUCCGACUCGCCAUCCCCAAGAAGCCACACAGAUCCCGAUGUGGCUAUUUCAGCCCCAGACAGCCCCAAUCCCACGCUGUCUUUGGCACCGGUCCCCACAGAGUCCAUGCCAGGACCUUUUCCUCCUGCCUCCUCGCGGGUCGCCUCCGCCCUACAGUCUGUCCGGGAUUUCAAGCAACCUUUCUUCCUGGACAUUUGCGCGGGAGCGGGUUCCCCACUCAGCUUAGCUUUCUUGGAGAAGGGCGUACCGUGUUUGUCCAUUGACAUUCUCAUUGACACAAACAUGGAUCUUCUCCAGGACGACUUCUUUGAGCAUUUGCUACGCAUCUGCACGUCCCGGCAGCCCUCGCACACGCUGCCCCCCCUUGCAGGGAGUACUCCCGCCUGA